UCAAUUCUGAGUUCGUUGUUCCUCCAUUAAUGGCGGUUUAAAGCUCCAAAAUUUCACGUGGGUCAUUGCCCUCCAAUAAAACAAUUUUGAAAUAUUGUUCUAAAAGCUUUUUUAAAAAAUCGAGUUCUUCAAAUUCACUUUUUUUGCUUAGAAAUUUGUUUAUAAGAUUUUAAGAAUUUUCAAAUGAGAAAAAAAAAGGUUUAAAAAUCAAUCACAUGGCAAGUAGACUGCAGGUUGCCUUUCUGAUUUAGCCUUUUACCCACGCUCAUUACAGACUCAUACUGACAAAGACAGAAGAAAGAGAAAAAAAUAAAAAAGGAAAAAAAAAUUGGGACAGAGACACUACGCAGAAACAUCGCUGUCUAAUUUCUCACUAUUUUUUUUUAAUUAAUUUGAUUUUUUUUUCUUUUUUCUGCGAAUUAUUUCUUGAUUGCUUGACCCAUUUUCGGGGCUCCGACCCAAAAGGGUAGUUUAAGUUAAUUGAGUGAAUUUUUUGUUUGUUCCUUUUGUUCUCACAUUUUUUCGUUUUGUUAUUUGAUUUUUUUUCCCACUCGCCGGAGCAAAAAUGCUCUCUGGGUUUUCACAGGAACCGGCCGGAAUGUACUCCGCCAUUCCGGCGCUGCCGAUGGACGGCGGCGGUGGUAAGUUUCAGGGUUCUUUAGAUGGAACGAAUCUUCCUGGCGACGCUUGUUUGGUUCUCACGUCGGAUCCGAAGCCGCGCCUCCGCUGGACGGCGGAGCUCCAUGAACGAUUCGUUGACGCCGUCACUCAGCUCGGCGGCCCCGACAAGGCAACUCCAAAAACAAUUAUGAGAACAAUGGGAGUAAAAGGUCUCACCCUUUAUCACUUAAAAUCACACCUCCAGAAAUAUCGGCUUGGGAAGCAAUCGUUCAAGGAAUCGACUGAGAACUCAAAGGAUGCUUCUUGCAUUGCAGAAAGUCAAGAAACAAGUUCCUCUUCGUCGCCAUCGUCGAGAAUAAUGACACAGGACCUGAAUGACGGUUUCCAAGUCACAGAGGCUUUACGAGUGCAAAUGGAGGUUCAAAGAAGGCUGCACGAGCAGCUGGAGGUGCAGCGUCAUCUUCAACUUCGCAUUGAAGCACAAGGAAAAUACUUGCAGUCGAUACUCGAGCGGGCUUGUCAAGCAUUAAGUGAUCAGGCUGCAGCGUCUGCCGGACUCGAAGCUGCCAGAGAAGAGCUCUCUGAACUUGCAAUCAAAGUCUCCAAUGACUCUAAAGAGAUGGCACCAUUGGAGACUCAAAAAGUGCUUCCUUUUUCAGAACUUGCUGCUGCUCUAGAAAAUCGAAAGGCUCCUACCGUUAUGCCUCGGAUAGGCGAUUGCUCAAUGGAUAGCUGCCUGACAUCAGCUGGAAGCCCGGUUUCGCCGAUUGGAGUAGGAUCAACUGCCACCGCAAUGAAGAGACCGAGACCAGUAUUUAGUCACGGAGAUUCAAUGGCUCUCGAGGGCAAUGCCCGGCACGAUGUCGAAUGGAUGAUGAGUAAUAUUGGAUGAAACAUAGGACUCUCUUUCUAAAAGUCCAGCCUUUUCUUCUGAUCUAUUUGCUCACUUCUUUUUUCUUUUUCUUUUUUCUAGCUCAUCCAAAUGUGUUUACAUCUUUAACGAAGUAUUAUACAAUCUAUUUUCUGGUUUGUAUAUUCUUUAUAAUCAGACCCCUCUGAUCUGCAUUAGAGAUUGAUCUUCUUUUGCUUUUGGAAAUGUGAAAGUUUCCAUAUGAAUGUUCCCUUUGUACAAUCAAAUCACAAAAGAAACAAAGUGCUAUUGACCAACUUUUGAGAUGAUGCCAAAA